AUGGACUCAUUCGACAACAUCCCAUUUCCCAAAAACAACAUCUUGUAUAAUGCUGACAUUUCUGUUAAUCUUCGAGACACGCGUCUGGCAAUUGCUCCAGGCAAUCUUAUGAAUGCUUCGAACUUGAUGUACGACUACUUGGAACAAAUAUGCUCAUUUGUGUACAAACAAAGCGGGUCCGAGCUCAAUUCACUUUCUGAGCUUGUCGAGAAUGCCAAAACUGUUCUUUUAGUGAAUGAUGAGAAAUCAAAAGCCUGCCCUUGGUCCGAUUACCCGAUUCCUCAAAGUUCAUCCUCAUGGAGUCUAUACGAUGAAUUGUGCACGCUAAUCGUUUCAUCCGGGUUGAUUUACCAUCAGAUAGCACUUAAUACGAUUUCUAAAGAGGGCGAUAGUCGGAUCGGCGACCUGGUAUGGAAGAAGGCGGUGAAUUGCUUGCAACAGUCCUCAUCUCUUACUCAGGCAUUCAAGCCAUACAUUACAGCUGCUCCUCACUCAGACAACAUUCUUUACGUUGAGCACUUGAAUUCCAUACUGCUGCAAAUAACUGUGGUGAUGAGAAAUAUCGAAACGCAGUACGAGAAUUUGAACACAGACGAUGAUAUUUUGCAAAGUGCAUCCCGUUCCAAUGCGAUAUUCAUCCGUAUACUGGUUUUCAUCUAUAACGAGGCUGUGAAGCUCGAGAGCUCAUCGAGCCCAAUGCAUUGGGAGAUGCCGUAUGGAUGCUACAAGAAAUUUUUGGAGGUUCUCUUGUGCUACUACUCGGCGCUUAACGAAUACGGGCAGAACAAGAUGGGUGUUGCAUUGGCGCUUACGGAGUAUGGAAUACUUGCAGCAUCUGAGCAAAGCAAGACAAAGGCAAGGCUUGGCAUACGAAGUAGGAAGGUACUUUCUGGUUCGAAAAUUCGAGAGUCGAAACUGUGGCGAGAUGAAGUGAUACUCAGGAAGAAUUUUAAGAGGCAUCUACCGGGUGCUUUACAACGGACUCUCACUGAAACAGUUAAGCUUUUGAGAGUAAUGUAUGUGCGAUUUGAGAAGAUGAACACGACUCUUAACUUCGAUGAAGUGCCGAAGAUGGAGGAAAUUGAGGAGAAGCAUCUUUUUUCUUCGGAUAGUCUACCAGGAGGGAUGGCAGUUCCGGUUUCCAAGACAAAGCAGUUCCGGCCCACGUGUCUUGGUGGGAAGGAGUUUAGUGAGAGGAAAUAUUAUUGA